AUCAAACAUUUCGGCGGGGCAGGCUGUGCAACCAAUUUAAACUUUACACGUGACGUGAUUUCCGGUUGUGUCUUUCUCUGUUCGAUAUCGGUUCGGUCGGAUUUGAACCAUGGGUCGAGUGAUUCGCGCUCAGCGUAAAGGAGCUGGAUCUGUUUUCAGAUCCCAUACAAAAAGGAGAAAGGGAGCACCAAAACUUCGCUCCUUGGAUUUCUCCGAGAGACAUGGUUACAUCAAAGGUGUUGUGAAGGAUAUCAUUCAUGACCCUGGUCGUGGAGCGCCAUUGGCUGUUGUUCAUUUCAGAGAUCCGUACAAGUUCAAAACCCGUAAAGAAUUAUUUAUUGCUCCCGAGGGAAUGUAUACUGGACAAUUUUUGUAUUGUGGGAAAAAAGCAAACCUCCAAAUUGGAAAUGUGAUGCCUGUUGGUCAAAUGCCUGAAGGUACCAUUAUCUGUAAUUUGGAGGAAAAAACUGGCGACAGAGGUCGAUUGGCAAGGGCUUCAGGAAAUUAUGCUACAGUCAUAGCUCAUAAUCCCGACACAAAGAAAACCAGGGUGAAAUUACCAUCUGGCGCUAAAAAGGUUAUACCAUCCAACAAUAGAGCAAUGGUUGGUAUUGUUGCUGGUGGUGGACGUAUUGAUAAACCAAUUCUUAAAGCUGGUCGAGCGUAUCAUAAAUACAAGGCGAAGAGAAAUUGCUGGCCUAAGGUUCGUGGUGUUGCUAUGAACCCAGUUGAGCAUCCUCAUGGUGGUGGUAACCAUCAACAUAUUGGUAAAGCAUCCACAGUUAAACGUGGAACUAGCGCCGGUCGUAAGAUCGGUCUUAUCGCUGCUCGUCGUACAGGAAGAAUUCGUGGUGGAAAGACCGAUACUAAGAAAGACGAUUAGAUUAAAGAUUGAUUAAACCCUGAGACUUAUGCAAUAAAAUGUUUAAAAAGAUCA